AUGAACGCUCGCAGAGGGGGGGUUGAUAUCCUCACUCAGAGUCCUUGGACCACGGCAUCAAAUAGCCAUUAUGACACUGUGAUACAGCACCUGCAGAGCAAUUCAAGCAUAGCUUACAUUUUAGUGACGGUGAUCUCAGUCUAUCUUAUACUCAACCACUUCAGAUUUGUUCCUGCCUCGUUGAUCCGCGUCCUUUGGGACAUCCUUGUCUAUCUGACGCCUUCUCGAAUUGUCGCUGCUCUAGAUCCGCAGGCGACAAAAUCAGAUUCGGCUACCGACGUCUCUCCUUUGAUGAGCCUUUCCGCUAAAAGCGAAGCGAUGCAACGAAUUUUCGGACUGGACAACUCCUCUUCCUUUUCCUCUCUAUUCCCCGGGUCAAGUGCACUGUCGGGUCUUGGUACUGCGAUUUUGGGAAACAGGGAUACCUUGCCGCCGGGGUUGGGGAAUUGGGACAACUCGUGCUAUCAGAAUAGUAUCAUUCAGGGACUAGCGUCGCUCAGGUCUUUGGAUGAAUUUCUUGAGCGCAACAUCGAACUUCUCGGAGAGAAAGGGCUGCUGUCAACCCACCAGGCCUUGAAAGAUAUCAUCGGGCGACUGAACAGUGCAUCCUGUUAUGGCCAGCGCCUGUGGACGCCAGCAGACUUGAAAUCGAUGAGCAGCUGGCAGCAGCAGGAUGCGCAGGAAUACUUUGCGAAAGUGGUGGAUCAGGUCGACUACGAAGUGCAUCAGGCCACGAAGCGACAAACUCGGAACUUGGGCUUAAAGAUUGCAGGGCCACAGGAACAUGUUAUCAGGUCUGAGUCUACGGUUCAGGAAAAGGAGGAGACUCCAACAGCGAACAGACCCCAUGAGCCGCCGUCUUUCCGUAACCCGUUGGAAGGCCUUCUUGCGCAGAGGGUGGGCUGCAUGAGAUGUGGCUGGACCGAAGGUCUUUCUCUCAUCCCGUUCAACUGCCUGACUGUGCCUCUUGGCGCAAGCUAUGAGUACGAUGUCCAGGACUGUCUGCAUGAUUAUAUGCACCUCGAACCGAUCGAGGGGGUGGAAUGCGCCAAGUGCACUUUGUUGCACGCACAAGACCAGCUUCAGAACUUGCUCCAGCAGAUUGAAGAUGAUAAGGGUCUGAGCAGCACUCCCGAUUCACCCAAACUUUCAGACGCUCUACGAAACUCGGCCCAGGCGCGGUUGGAAGCUGUGCAGGAAGCGCUUGAAGAGCAAGAUUUCGCUGAGAAAACCCUGUCCAAGAAAUGCCACAUUCCCGCGAAGAAUCGCGUCUCCUCCACCAAGUCAAGGCAGGCUGUCAUCGCAAGACCACCGAAAUGUCUUUCCAUUCACAUCAACCGGAGUGUGUUCGACGAGAACACGGGUAUGCUUCGAAAAAACUACGCCGCAGUACGAUUCCCCAAAACGCUUGACAUGAAUCAGUGGUGUUUGGGGAAACAGUCAACGGAUUCCAUCGAUAACAACACGGAAACAUGGGAUACUGACCCUCGUGAAUCGAUGCUCCCACCGGCAGACAAAGUCACGGGUUCUUUUGACCGCCAGUAUGAACUACGAGCAGUGGUCACGCAUUACGGCCGUCAUGAGAACGGACACUACAUUUGUUACAGAAAGUACUCGACGGAGAACUUCCCCGUGCAAGUCCCAGAGUCUGUCAUAGAGGCGGAUGGGGAUAAAGAGAAGCCGGAGCGUUGGUACAGGCUUAGCGAUGAGGAUGUCCAAAUGGUCAGCGAAUCCAACGUGAUGAACCAAGGCGGUGUCUUCAUGCUAUUCUAUGAAGCCGUUGGGCCACACUCUUCUGGGCUGGCAAACCUGGAAGAACCUGACGCCACCGAAGUCGAAGAAUCCACAUCCACCCUUGAGGAUAUGUCCACCCGAUCUACACGAUCUACUGCGACGGAGGGGUCCAUCUCUGACACCUCGCGCGCGACCAGCGUCUCCGCUCCUGAGCCGACCACCGAGAAGUUCCCGCCAUAUUCCGAGAUCGAAUGA